UUUUUUAAGAGAAGUGAUCUCACUCUGGCUGGUCUCGAAAUCCUGAGCCCAGGCAAUCCAUCGGCCUCAGCCUCCCGGAGUGCUAGGAUUACAAGUGCGAGCCACCGCGCCCGGCCUUGCACCACUACUUUAAAGGGCUAGUGACUGAGACACCAGAAAACAAAACUAAACAAAACGGAAACCCUACAUACACCCUGAAAACAAGCACUAGUACAGUUGUGUAGAAUGGAAUGAGUGAAACAAAGGCGCAAAUGAGAAUACGUUUUUUCAAGGUGGUGGAGCAAAGAAGUGACAGCACCACCUCUAGUACCCCGGCCCCUGCCGGCCUCCCCGCCCUCCAUCAACAUACGGAGACUGAAAGACAAGUGGUAAGACUGGAGAUGCGCUCAGACUGGCUCUCAGCCCAGAGUUGGGAUCUGGGUGGCCCAGGUUACCAUGGCAGCGCCUUGGGCUCCACCCUCUCCGCUCCCCCAACCCCGCCCCGCUCCCAGCUGGGGUUAUAGCAGCCAGUCACAUGCCCCGCAGCGUAACCACACCUGUGCUCCGCGGAGCAAUGUCAAGCGGUCACGUGUGAUAGCAACAGAUCACGUGGCUGCAUCGCCCCUCCGCCCCCUUACCCUCAUUGCCCCCUCCCACUCAAAGCAGCUCCUGCGCAUGGGUGGCAAUCACGUGCCCCAAACGUCCGGCGUUCGCCCCGCCCCUCAGUUUCCGCGCGCCUCUUUGGCAGCUGGUCACAUGGUGAGGGUGGGGGUGAGGGGACUUCUCUAGCUCGCGGCCUGUGUCUAUGUUCGGGCCCGUAGCGUCCGGCUGCCCGGGACGGAGCUCGGGUGUAUGGCGCCGCAAGAACUGGCUCCGGGGCCCCGAUAACGGGCCGCCCCCGCAGCUCCUGGCCUGCCGCGAGGUGUCUCUGUGAUUGUAGGACCUCCCCUGAUCUGAGAAUGGCUACCUCUCGGUAUGAGCCAGUGGCUGAAAUUGGUGUCGGUGCCUAUGGGACGGUGUACAAGGCCCGUGAUCCCCACAGUGGCCACUUUGUGGCCCUCAAGAGUGUAAGAGUGCCCAAUGGAGGAGGAGCUGGAGGGGGCCUUCCCAUCAGCACAGUUCGAGAGGUGGCCUUACUAAGGCGGCUGGAGGCUUUUGAGCACCCCAAUGUUGUUCGGCUCAUGGACGUCUGUGCCACAUCCCGAACUGACCGGGAGAUUAAAGUCACCCUGGUGUUUGAGCAUGUAGACCAAGACUUAAGAACUUAUCUGGACAAGGCACCUCCACCAGGCUUGCCAGCAGAGACCAUCAAGGAUCUGAUGCGACAAUUUCUAAGAGGCCUCGAUUUCCUGCAUGCCAAUUGCAUUGUUCAUCGAGAUCUGAAGCCAGAGAAUAUUCUGGUGACAAGUGGUGGAACAGUCAAGCUGGCUGACUUUGGCCUGGCCAGAAUCUAUAGCUACCAGAUGGCACUUACACCUGUGGUUGUUACCCUCUGGUACCGAGCUCCAGAAGUUCUUCUGCAGUCUACAUAUGCAACACCUGUGGACAUGUGGAGCGUUGGCUGUAUCUUUGCAGAGAUGUUUCGUCGAAAGCCUCUCUUCUGUGGAAACUCUGAAGCUGACCAGUUGGGCAAAAUCUUUGACCUGAUAGGGCUGCCUCCAGAGGAUGACUGGCCCAGGGAUGUGUCUCUACCCCGAGGAGCCUUUCCUCCAAGAGGGCCCCGCCCAGUGCAGUCAGUGGUGCCUGAGAUGGAGGAGUCUGGAGCACAGCUGCUGCUGGAAAUGCUGACCUUUAACCCACACAAGCGAAUUUCUGCCUUCCGAGCUCUGCAGCAUUCUUACCUACAUAAGGAUGAAGGUAAUCCAAGUGAGCAAUAGAGUGACUGCCACAAAAGGAAGUGAAGCUGAGCUGCCAUUUCCCUUCUGGACACUUCAGUGGAAAGAACCCCACUGAGAAGGCAAUCUGUGCCUUCAUCUCUGAGGCUGUGGAGACUCCUCUUCCAGCUUUUUACAGAGUAUUUUGCUGCCUUAAUAAUGUUCCCCUCAUAACCUUCCUUUUGAGGUUUCUCCUAUAUCCUUUUCUCUCUACACUACCUACCUACCCUUAUCCCCCACCUACCUUUAUAUCAGGGUCCUUUUUUAUACAGGAAAAACAAACAAAACAAAGAAAUAC